AUGUCAUACGGCAUGAGCGUCUACGGACGCUUUUCGAGCUCUAAUAUUGGGGAGGGACUGAGCCCCGCCUGUCUUGCCUGGAAGAAAGAGCUCCAUCAAGACCUCGAGUCUAUCCACGCUGUUGGAGACUUCGCCGUCCACAAUAUUCAUCAGCAAUUCGUCAACCCCGGGCUUGAAGUUGCUGGUUGCCCCAUUCCGCUGCCUCUGAUCCCGUUGCUUGCCGACCAGAUCAAAGCUGUCGCGAGCUUAGCUUCCUGCAGAAGCGGUGACGAUACGGUGGUGGACAACUUCAGCCGACUCACUUGGGAGCUCAAUCAUGACCAAUUUCGCGCGGCCAACCCUGCGUGGCCGGCAUUCUUGGAAACAAUUAAGCAGGGUGCAUCUCAAAGUCUUGGUUUGGACGCGUCCGAUAUAAACGUUGAGCUAGACAAACUUCUCCUGUACGAGAAAGGCUAUUCUUGCAGGCGCCAUGAGGACUCAGACAGGACGCCAGGGGUUGUUGGACGUCUCAUCCUAUGCCUACCCUCCGAGCACGCAGGAGGGCAGGUUCACCUCACCUACGCCGGAAAGGAGCAUGUGUUUGCCACCGCCCUCUUUUCAGAGUUCGAUCUCUCGUCCCUUGCUUGGUAUUCUGAUGCCACACAUGAGGUCAAGGAGAUUACUGCAGGGCACCGCCUGGAACUCACCUACAAGAUAAUUCAAAUGUCAGGCUUCGAGAAGUCAGCCGAAUUCUUUAUCAAGCAGCAGGCGCAGCUCAAGGAGAAGAUUGCCAGGUGGCCUGGAGACUUGAACAAGCUUGUGCAUUUCCUGGAACACAGGUAUUCGCAAAGGAGUUUGUCUUCACGCAAUUUGAAAGGACGCGAUUGGGCGGUCUAUGAGGUGUUGUCAACUGUGUGCUCCGCGGCUGGUAUUUACGUCCUCUUUGGCAACAUCACGAAGAAAGAGUGUGAUCAAGAUUCUGACUCAGAGUAUUAUCGCGAUGAUGGCGAGGGAAUGGGCAUCUAUCUGGACUAUUUGUGCACUGCCGAGGGAAAGAAAAUUGCCUCGGGCGUCAAGAUGUCUGAGCAACACAUCCUGGUAGCCGAUCCUUACACCAACCGCUCAGCUGACAGCGAAAGUGAGGGCGAGGAUCAGACCGAAGAGGAUGGCACUCCAGGCACACUGAAAUACCACAAUUCCGCUGUUGUUCUCAUCCCAAGGAACAGGAUACACGAGCUAUUGGGCUUUGGUGUCGAUAUAUGGGCCACGUUGGCACUUUUCGCCAAUGAUCAGAAGAGGAACCCCAGAGAUGCAAGUAUUCCAGUUGAUAUGCUGAAGCUCAUGGAUAAGAUUCUCGACUUCGGCCUUCCGCCUGCGGGAACGAUGCGCCCCAAGACACCCGGAGUUCCUGCACAGAUACUCACGGGCCUUGCUGUCAUGAGGAAUGCGUGGAAUCUCAAGGACAUCCCACUAUACCGCAAAGCUAUCCGUCUCGGUGGCCUCCUAGAUCUUCCCUUCGAUUUGACCCGCAUCUUCGCCGCUCUCAACGACUUUGAGAAAGCCCUUGAGAAGGAGGAUUUUCAAAUCUGCUUUCGUAUCUGGGUAGCGCCAGUGAAGCGCACCAAGUUCGAGUCACAGGUGCAUUUAAACGUGCAUGACCAUGAUUUCAUCGAAGAGCUAGCACACUCUCUGUGGCAUGACCACGUCUGGGUUGAGCAAAAGCUCAUACCUAAGUUAGAAAUCUGUGAAGAUAGAGCGCUUGUGAGCAAAAUCAUCAAGACUCUAGCCGACAAGGACAAGCGUGGCACGCUGCCUGGCUCUGAAGAAGCGGCAAGGAGGGUUUUGAACACGCAGCUACAGCGGCUGUGUCUCGGUCCUAUCAACUUGAUGUCGCUUCAAGACCAACAAGCCGCCAACGAAGUAGACAGGUUCAUCGAACUUGUCGGCGUUUGCCUCGCAUCUGGCUUCACAGACGAGGCCCUCAACUUAACGCAAAACAUAAAGCCGAACCCGCGUCAGCAGCAACUUGAGCGCCACCAUGGGCCGGUUCACUUUAUGAACCAGCCAAAUCUCGCCCUCAAGCUCGUGCGCAGACUGGGCGACCUGCUGGAACUGCACAAGGCGCCGUUCAUGGAGUCCCUGCGGAACGUCUUUGAGGACCUGCUCCGCAACUACGCGCUAUCUCCGUUUCCAGUCUACCCGACUCGCUCGGUUGGCUGGGCACACCGGCCGAGGGGUUGCAACGCAGCCUGCGGAGCUUGCAGGGACCUGGACCUGUUCCUCACUGACCCGCAGCAGCAGGUAGGCCGGUUCUGGCUCCUCAAGAAGGCCCGGGAUCACGUGGAAAUGCGCUUGCCACGGGGCUUCUUCAGGCUUACGGUGGAUCCCGGAAGCAAGCCGCACGCCCUCCUCGUCUAUAAGAUCUCACAAGACGGCGAGUUCCGCGAGGCUGUGGUCGCGUGGGAGAGGAGCGCCGGUUUCCUGCAGAACUCGACAAAAGACCUGCGAAAGGAGCAUUUCCGGAAGAUCCUGGGCGAUGAUCUUUACAGGGAGUUGGUCUUACUCGAGGGCCCUCCGGGCUCGAGUAUUUCUGGCAAUCCCGCUCAGAGCACUGGUGGGGUGAAGCGGGAGGCCGAAGAUGAAUUGUUGCCUCCUCCUAGGUCUAGGCCGUGGAUGAUGUGA